AUGGACCAACACGACACGGGCGAACAAGACACGGCCAAACAGCACGGCCAAACAAAGCCAUGGACAUGGACCCAACCAGCUUCGUACAACGGCGUCAGCUUUAUUGACGGACAUUCACUUCUCCAGAUUCUGGCCCGUCUUCGACACACAGCAUCACGCAGGCUACCAGAUCCAGUCAUGGACUUCGAUGAGGACUCCAACUCGAAGCGACCGUCUUUCAAAGAAGAAGAACACACCCUCCUGGUCGCCCGCAUGGUGCAAAGCAUCGAAGCGAGCAAGCAACCCAGCAGAGCGGACGCCUUUGUCGAAUUCUUCGACACCCUCAGCCUCGACACCACACCCAGGCCGGAAAGGAAAAGCGCUUCCGAAUCCGAACGUCAACAUCGCCCUGUCGAAGUCAAAAUGCCAGUCGUCGUGGCUUCUCAGAUGGAGAACUUCUCAUCCAAGCCGAGAGAGAAGAGAAAGUCGGAUGAAGAGAUGGCGGAGAAGAAGAAGCUCAAUGAAAUCCCAAGGGUGGGAGAGAAGAGAAAGCCGGAUCAAAAGAUGGCGGAGAAGAGGAAGCCCGACGAAAUACCAAGGGCGGAACUUAUUGCCGCGCAGAAGAAGCAGAAUCAGCAGAUUGUUCCCUCGUCAGUCUCCCAGCGUGGGUACGACAGUCGGACGCUUGGUGCUCAACACAACGAGAGCAAGCCAGAAGCAAAGGCGCAGCAGCGCGACACAGUGUCAGAUCCUGCAACUACUGCAGUAGCUUCUCAGUCAACGGACAUGGCUCUCCAGCAACCACAGCGCACACUCCCCCAACGCAGUGCGACUUUCCAACGGAAGGAUCCCCAAACCACCUCCCACCACUCCUCGGGCAGUCCUCGACUCCACCAUCUCCGUGGACCUCUUGGCCCGCCCUAUGCCCCUGUCAACUACCGCUCCUUUUCCCUUCCCAAUCACGCAUCACACGUUAUUGUAUCUCCCACCAACCUGCGAUCCUAUGACAAAAACAACGGGACCGUACCAUCCGUUGUCUCCGGCACUCUUGCUCCCUCUCCGGAGGCGCCAGUCGAUCCAUCUCAUAUCAACGUCGCCAAUGAGAUUCAGGAUGUCCCGCGCACUCUCUCUUAUUAUCCGCAGGCGCCAGUCGACCCAUAUCAUACCAACAUCGCCAGUAGCGAUCAGCAUACCCCGCGCUCCCUCUCUCCCUCUCUGCAGGCGCCAUUCAAUCCACCUCUAGCCAAUGCUGCCGGUCACGAUCAGCAUAUCCCGCACACUCUCACUCCCUCUCCGCAGGUACCAUGCGACCUAUUCCUUGCGUACUCAUCUCUUCCAACUCCCUCUCCGCAGAAGCCAUCCCUUUCAAACACCACCAGCAACGAUCAGCAAAGCCCGCGCGCUCUCUCUUCGCAGUGGCAAUUUCGUCCAAACAUCAGCAUCGGCUUCGAGAACCCGUUUGCCAAGCAGCAGCAGCAGCAGCAGCAGCAGCAACAAGCUGCCCUCGACCUGACCCGCAUUCACCAAAAGCGGAAAGAUGAGAUGGACGAAGACUCGAUCCCUCAUCAUCCUUCCGAAGAAGAAGCCGGCAAGAGUAGUCCUCAGAAAUCCGGCGCCGUGAUCACCGCCUUGACGGUCCAGCAAGAGGAACUCGUCGCCGAGCAGAAAGAAGAGAUGGACGCCUUGCACCCAGAAUCGAGCCUCCAGUAUCCCCUCAAAGAAGAAGAAGAAGAAGAAGAAGAAGAAGAAGAAGAAGCAGACAAGAGUAGUCCUUCCCGAAAGGCCGGCGUCAUAACCGGCGUCUUGGGCAAAGGUGUCAGCUACAUUACUCGCGCGGCGGUGACCGUGGCGGCGAAGUCCAACGAGAUCGCCUAUCGCGGCGACGAGCCGGAUGGAGUGGACAGAGGUCCCCGUGGUGGAGUGGAACCAUAG